CUUUCGCUCUUGCCCUAGUUCCUACAUGCAAAAUGGUAGACAGACCGAGGCUCAAGCAGAAAAUGAACACGAGACAGCUCGUGAUGUUUGUCGCAAAAUGUUCCGAGUUGAGGCCUCGCAAGACUUGCCUAGAAGGCACAAGUCCAUCACUACUCCGUACAAACUUACCACAACACUGCCAUCACGUCCCUUGUACAUGCAGCCAGCAAAAAUAGUGUCUUGCAGUGCUUGAGCGGACAAAACAAAAUAAGGUACGACGCCUAAGAGAUUCGAACUCUUGCUCCCGAAGGAAAUAGAUUUCUAGUCUAUCGCUAUAACCACUCAGCCAAAGCGCCAGCAUGAAAUUCUUCACUUUCGAUAUCAAUAUUACUUCGCGACAAUCUGCUGACGGAGGAGGAGGAAGUGCUGAUGGAGGUGACUGCGAUGUCCAGUAUGGCUAGAAGUCAGCGACGCUGUGAGCCAAGAGUGACCGUGAGGUACAGGUACAUCGUCCAGCUCCGAGUCAGUCGAGCCUCAACAUGGCGUUCCGGAGGGUGGACGGCGCUAUACGGCUCAAUAGUCUGUCUGCACGCCACCCACGCGGAUAACGAUUAUCCACUACCGGUAGGGCUCGAGUUUGAGUUUCGAUGUAUAGGUCGGAGCAAUGUGGGAAAGCCAUCCGAGGGAGUGAUCGACCAGGGGCGGGACAGACAUAAGGAAGGAACGAGUCGUGUUUCGAAAGAGGAAGUCGCGGCUCCGGCGGUGGAAGUGACGACUGUGAGAACCGUUUGUAGCUGGAACGCCUGGUUUUGUCGGAAGAGGGGAGGACGGUCAGGACUCGGAACAGGACAGAAAGAGGCGGUGGUUGAGAAAGGUUAUAGACGGCGACAGUGAUAAGACGACGUCUCUGCGAGUACAGACAGAGGCAGGGCAUCUGAUGUGGUUUGAUGUUGACAAGAAGGCCUCGGGCGUGUUGCGUACUACGUCAUUGAUGGGGUGCAGGUAACCCUGAUCAUACUUUUGACGACCACUAUAUACCGCCAUCUGCAAGCGGGUGACUUGUAACUCUUUGCUAUAGCAACCUGAUGUACUUCUGGAC